GCGACGGUCUGUGUCUGAGUGCUGCGGGAGCCAUGUUGAUGCCUAGUUUUGUGUCAGCCGCUGCUCUCUGGAUGGUUAAAGGACUGCGUGUCGAAGACAGGGAGCCUUAGCGGUGUUUCCAGCACCGCGAUGAGAAGAGGAAAAAACGCCGUGACGGUACAGCAGAGCCUCGCGUAGCUCACCGGACAUCAGUCGAUUCAGGAGCAAAGUGAUGCUAGUUAGCUUCGUAGCUAGGUAGCAACAGCUGUGCGGGCGCUGCGUGGGAUGCGGCGGCGUGUGGACUAAAACGAUAUCCUCUUGCGUUUUGUUGAGCUAACGUUAGCCAGACUGCUUAAAGACUCCAAACAAAGCUGCUGAAUUCACGCUAGCUUGCUUAAGAUGCCUUCGUGAAAGCUCGCUAGCUGUUAGCUAACGUUAGCAUGCUGACAACAAGCUCGCAUCUCUCAGUCACGACUAACGAUUUGCUCGCUGAGCGGACCCUAACUUGUCGCUACUUUCAGACAGUCUGCCAGCUGUGGAGCGACCCCGAGAGCCCCCCAAAAGUGACUCCGAGUGGAGAUAAUGGCGAUGCAUGAAGCCUCUGUGGAAAGCUACCGAUUCUCCUGGCCAGCUUGUGAAGGAGCAGCUAACGGGCUAGCAGCGUAACUUUCCUCCUCUCCGCGGUGUCACUCAGCAGCUGCAGAGAGAGCCCACUCUUCUUCUUCUUCCUCCUCCUCCUCCCCCUCACUAGCAGACCUCUCGCGUACCUGGAAGCAAGCUGGCGGCCCCACGAGUAGAAGCAGAGGACAAGGAGCUGGGGCCAAUGGCCUGGGUGCUGAAGAUGGACGACGCCACCAUCGAGUCGGGGCUGGUGCACGACUUCGAUGCCAGCCUGUCCGGCAUCGGGCAGGAGCUGGGUGCUGGAGCCUACAGCAUGAGUGAUGUGCUGGCUUUGCCAAUCUUUAAGCAGGAGGACUCCAGCCUUCCUCCUGAAAACGAGACCAAAAAUCCCCCAUUCCAGUAUGUGCUGUGUGCCGCCACCUCGCCUGCUGUCAAGCUGCACGACGAGACGCUCACAUACCUAAAUCAAGAGCAUAGUACGAGUGGUUUUCCAUGACCGCCGGCUGCAGUACACAGAGCACCAGCAGCUGGAGGGCUGGAAGUGGAAUCGUCCUGGCGACCGUCUCCUUGACAUCGAUAUCCCCAUGUCAGUGGGUAUAGUGGAGCCGAAGACUCACCCCUCCCAGCUUAAUGCUGCAGAGUUCCUCUGGGACUUGAACAAAAGAGCUUCUGUUUUUGUGCAGGUGCACUGCAUCAGCACAGAGUUCACUCCCAGGAAACACGGCGGAGAGAAGGGCGUCCCCUUCAGGAUCCAGAUAGACACGUUUGCCCAGGGAGACAGUGGAGAGUACACAGAGCACCUUCACUCAGCCUCCUGCCAAAUCAAAGUCUUCAAGCCAAAGGGGGCAGAUCGUAAACAGAAGACAGACAGGGAGAAGAUGGAGAAGCGCACAGCUCAAGAGAAGGAAAAGUACCAGCCUUCUUAUGAUACCACUAUCCUGUCAGAGACGAGGCUUGAGCCCAUCAUAGAGGAUGCGGGUGACCACGAGCUGAAAAAGUCCAGCAAGCGGACACUUCCCGCUGACUGUGGCGACUCCUUGGCCAAGAGAGGCAGUUGCUCACCCUGGCCAGACACCGCCUACGUCAGUACCAACCAGGCAGCUACUCCCUCCUUCACCUCCACCCCACUGUCCACCUACACGACCUCAUCAGUACCGGACAGUGACUCUUCUUCUCCCAAUCACCAGGCAGACCCUGGCAGCCAUGGCAACACAGAGAUACAGGACAUCAACGACCUGAAGCAAAAGAUCACUGAUGCCAUUGCCACCAUUGAUGAGGCUAUGCUACAGCGAACAUGGCAAGAAAUCGAGUACCGUCUUGAUGUGCUUCGUGCAACUAAUGGUGCCCAUAUAGAGCAGUUGAGCCCCACUGCCUCCAUACAGGACGCCCAAAAGUGGCUUCUGAAAAACCGCUUCAACUCCUACACACGGCUCUUCUCUCACUUCUCAGGUUCUGAUUUGUUGAAGUUAACCCGGGACGACCUGGUCCAGAUUUGUGGGCCAGCAGACGGGAUCAGACUUUUCAAUGCACUUAAAUCCAGAUCGGUGCGUCCAAGGUUGACGGUGUACGUCUGUCAGGAGUCGCCUCGGGAGAGCCCCCUGCUGGAGAGACACAGCAGCAAUGAAAAUGGAGAGCACAGCAUCUCCUCUAGUUUACAUGUGUAUCACGCUCUGUAUCUAGAGGAACUGACAGCAGCAGAACUGAUCCGCAAAAUGGCGUGUGUGUGCAGCCUUCCACUGGGAAAUAUCAACCAGGUGUACAGACAGGGUCCUACAGGCAUACACAUCCUGCUUAGUGACCAGAUGGUUUACAACUUGCCUGACGAGAGCUGUUUUUUGAUCAGCACUGUCGAAGAUGAACUGGGCGAGGGACUCCAUCUAAUCCUGAAGUAGUGAGGAGGACAGAUGGCGUCACUAAUACUCCACCCUCUGUUUUGGAGCAGAAGCCUCCCUUUGCCCCUCCCUCCCUGCCUGCCUCUACUCUUCUACUUCCUCCCUCCCUCUCUCCCUCCUCCCUCCCCCUCUCUCUCUAAAUGAUUGCCGAAUGGAAAGCAGAGAGACUGCGCUAAGCCAUGUAAAUGUUAGAAUCUGACAUGGGUGUGUCCACUGUUUCAUAUUGAAAACACUAUUAACGGAGGAGACUAGUUAAAAGAGGAGAGACUGGGAGGUGCAGGGGUUUAGGGGGAAAGAUACAAAUGUUCUAUGUAUUUUGAUUUUAUUAUUUUUAUUGUUUUGGGUUUUUUUGUCUUUUAUAUGGUUCUGUGUGGAGAAGGGAGGGGGAGGCUACGGGAGAGAGGGGAAGAGAUGUUCUGGCUUGCAGGAGAAGGAGAGAAAGCAGAGUUUACCUUAUUACUCGUUGCCCCUCCUUACACAACGCACACAACCAGCACUAGGCCAGUAUUUGAUAACCUUUACUGCUGAACAGCAUGCGAUCUCAACAUACUAACCUGCUUAAAAUGAGAAACCCAACUUACUCUGCUUGUUUAACAUUCUCAAGGGGGUUGUCUUAAUAAACCAUUUAUUGAUCCGCUCAGCUUGGUAACCCCCUGAAAAUAUCCAGGCUAAAUUUGUGGAGGUGGCGUCAUUUAUUGAUGCUGUCUCCGCCAUUCAAAUCUUUUUUUCUUUUAUUGGAAUUUAUCAGAUGGACUGAUUUCAUUAAGUCGUGUCCCGUAGAAUCAUCCGAUACGAUUUUAGACUUCCAGCCAUAUCUGUCUGUCCCUCUACGUCGACACGAUGUCACACACACUCUAUCUUAAAGUACGUCCUGUUUGGCCUGCGCUUUUAUUUUUUUUAGUUGAUGCUUCUAUUUAUGGGUGAGCGUUUUCUAUUGCUCUCAAUGAAAUUACUUGUUUUUGGUGCCAUAUUGGCUUUUUUUUUUUUUUAAGCUGUUUUAAUCACAUUCAGACAAACACAAGGAGCACGCACACGCCUCGUCUUUGACUCCUCUGCUUUCUGUGCUUCCUUUGAAACACUGGUUUAAAGGAGUGUGGGAUUUUUGCCACGUAUGUGCAGAAACACAGCGAGCAAGCCUGUGUUAGAAGACCGACACGCAGAGCAGUAACGCCUAUCCAAAAACCUACUAUAAUGUGGACCAAAUGGUUUCCGAUUGAUAGGCAUUUUUAGGGGGGAAAAGCCUUGUUGGCUCUGUACAUCUUGGUCAUUCGAAGCAUUCUGAGAAUUGAUCAGAUGGUAAAUUAAACCCUCAUCUAGUGGAGUUGCUUGUGCGCCGCAUGUACAAAGUCCUGAACCCUCCUAUGCCAGAAUCUGCUUUAUGAGAAACGACGUGACCAGCAUGACAGCCUGGUUUCAAUUGUCUUAUCCUGUAGACUAGAAAAUCAUGGCAGCUCCACGUCCAUCUCCAGAAUCUUGUGUUUUAGCUGAACACAGGAAGUACAGAUCAAGUGUUUUGAGUGCCCUCACCUUUGAAAAAUGACAGGAAACCUCACACAGGUCCUGGGAGUCGCUGUUAGUUUAGUUGACCCCACCCCCACCCCUCACACCUUAAUUUUUUGGUACACAGUGUCUGGAAAUGUUGAAGUGCACACAGUACGUAUGUUUGUGUGCACUGCACGCCCUCCAAGUUUCAGAAAGUGUGUGUGUAUGUGCGUGUGUGCAUGUGUAUCAUUUUUCGUUCUUGCACAGACUUGAUUAUGUCAGUACUCGUCAUGAACUUUUUCCUGUUGGUAUGAUGAAACUGUGUUUAGCUUGCCAUUUAGUAAAGAACAUGUGGAAGAUGGGGAAGAGAGGGAUAAUUUGGGUCUUGAUGAGUGUAACCCCUCCUUCUUUUUCCAGAUGUUAGAGACCAAGCCUGCACUGAAAAAUCACAAAACUCAAGCUUGAUGUGUAGUCAGUAGUCCUACAGCCACACCCUCUUCUUAUCCGCCUAUGACAAGGAGAACAAAUAAAAACAUUUUUAAAAAAGAAUGUCGAGACUAAAAAGCAUCUGUUUGUUUGUCUCACCACACACCAGAGCCGGGACUGUAGCUCUUGUGGUGUUUACAAGGACAUGAGUCCCGCAGCACUGAUCUGUUGGACUCAAAAACUAGUGAGAAUAGAGCGGAUGUGAUGCCAAGCAGUUCUGGUCUCCCGAGGGCCUGACCAAUCAUCUGUCUUGCUGUGUGACAGUGUGUGUAAGCGUGCGUGUGCAUGAGGGAGUGAGCGAGCAGGAGAGGUGACCACUGUUCAUGUACAGCCUAAUGUCAAUGAUGAUGCUUCUCAUGUGCACAUGCUGGAGAUGUACACAACCACAUGUGCGGGGAAUAAAUGAUUUCAUAACUUU